AUGAUGUUCUCAUCGCAAACUACUGGCUCGAUCUUGCUGGCCGCCGGCCUUCUCUUUAAGAUAGCUCAGGCAGAAGAGCUGAUCGGUUACCGAGCUGCUUCUGAAGAGGAAGCCAAGUACAUCAAUGACGAACAUAGGCCUCACAAACAAGCGAAGUUUGAUCAAGGAACCCUGACACAGUUAGGAGCAGGUCUUCAUAUCGUAAACUCACCUGCUAGCUUAAGUGAUGCACGAGGAACCUGGUAUUGUGCCUUCAAAGCGGAGAUAAGCGAGAUGAAAGAACUCGAUAAAGUCUGGAUCCCGAUUAAGAACCCUCAGGAUGAGGCCCCAUUGUGGUUCUCGAGCGAGGAAACGAUCAUGACUUAUGUCAAUUCGCUGAUUGACGACGACGCGGACGAGGCACUACGCUUGGCGUAUACUAGUGUUGCGAAUAAUCCUAACGAGUUGGAGAUGCUUCUUCCAAUUGAGACGCUGGGUGACGAUGACUUGGAUUUGUGGGGUGAAUGCUGGCAGACAAAGGCUGAGAUGCAGGGAAAGUUCAACGAAAUUGUUGAUUGGAAGAGUUGGGGGAAUAUUGCUGGAAAUCCUGGACCGCUAAGCCCCUCAAGGGAUCUAAGGGCCCUGCCUCGUAAGCUAAGAGCUUGA